UCGGCCGGACUGGGGUGCGUUCAUCUGAUUGUAUCACCGCGUAGUGUUGUAUAAUUUAGUCGUGUGCACCAGUCGUUCGCAGACUCCCGGGAAAACUCGUUUCUCUGGGCCGCGCUCAUCGCGUUUCGCGUUUAUAUUAUUAUUGUUAUUUUGUUUUUUGUAUAUCACUCACAUAUAUUAUUCGUACUGCGGCCGAUACCGUUUUUCGAUUUUUCGUUUGGAAUUUUUUUUUCCUUAUUGUUUUUUUUUUUCGUUGUUGCGUCUCAGCAACUUCCGAGGGUUUCUGCACCGACACCCUCACGCGGUAUUCGUGCCGUCACCGUUUGCCGGUCCCUAUCGCUUCGUGCUGACGGGACAUUUUUUCCACCCCAUAUCUGUGGUACCUAGACAUGUGACAUGAAGGCCACAAUUAUAAUCAAAACAAUUGUACUGAUGACCCUCGUGGUCGACGAGAUCUCUAGAGCUUGCGCUAAACACCGCGAAGGAAAAUACAAAGGCACCCAUUGGUGGGGAAUUGCAAAAGCUGGCGAACCUAAUAAUUUGGCUCCUAUGACUCCUGGUUUGAUGCUCAUGGACUCAUCGUCGUUGACGUUAUUACGCAAUAAACAGAGGAGGAUGAUUCGAGAACAUCCAGGUGUAUUACAGGCAAUCAGUAGAGGCGUCAACAUGGCACUGCAAGAGUGUCAGCACCAGUUCCGGAACAGGCGUUGGAACUGUUCAACUAAAAACUUCUUAACUGGCAAAAACUUGUUUGGGAAAAUUGUGGACAGAGGUUUCAGGGAGACGGCGUUCAUCUACGCGAUCACCAGCGCGGGCGUGACGCACGCGGUGUCCAGGGCGUGCGCGGAGGGCGUGAUCGAGACGUGCACGUGUGAUACCACACACCAGCGGCGUGGACCGUACAUCCAGAACUCGGUGCCGGGCGUCAAGGACUGGGAGUGGGGCGGUUGCUCGGACAACAUUGACUUCGGGUACAAGUUCGCUAGGAUGUUCGUGGACACUGGCGAGCGGGGCCGCAGCCUCCGGGAGAAGAUGAACCUGCACAACAACGAAGCCGGCCGCAUGCACGUACAAUCGGAGAUGAAACAGGAGUGCAAGUGUCACGGCAUGUCGGGCUCGUGCACCGUGAAGACGUGCUGGAUGAGACUGCCCAUAUUCCGUUCGAUCGGCGACAACCUCAAGGACAGGUUCGACGGCGCGUCCAGGGUGAUGGUGGGCAACGCGGGCGGUCUGCGCCGGUUGCGGAGCAAGGACAACGCGCAGAACAAGCAUUACGAACAGCAACAGCCGCAGGACCCGCAGCAGCAGCCGCAGCUCGAACAGCAGCAACAGCAGCAGCAGCAGCAGAACGGCGGCGGCGGCGGCGGCGGCGGCGGCAGGAGGCGCGGCGGCGGCCGGAACAGGUACAACUUCCAGCUGAAACCGUACAACCCGGACCUGAAGGCGCCCGGCACCAAGGACCUGGUGUACCUGGAACCGUCGCCCGGGUUCUGCGACCCGAACCCGCGCCUGGGCAUACUGGGCACGCACGGUCGCGCCUGCAACGAGUCGUCCAUCGGCGUGGACGGGUGCGACCUGAUGUGCUGCGGCCGCGGCUACAAGACCCACCAGGCCCUGGUGUCCGAGCGGUGCAACUGCACUUUCCUGUGGUGUUGCGAGGUCAAGUGCAGCGUGUGCCAGUACAGGAAGACGAUCAACACGUGCCUGUAGACCGCUCGCAGCAUCACGCGCGAACGCACCCACGUGGACCAGCCGGCGGCGCUCAUAUGACAUCAUUCCAUGUAUAUAUAUAUAUAUAUAUAUAUACAACCAUCAUUCCUAUAACGCACAUGCGCGACACGUUGCAUGUUCGAUUUACGUAAUUUUUUUCGUAUUCACGUGCGAUCAUCAUCAUAAUAUUAUAUUGUACACGAUUUAUCUGUUCUUUAACCAUUUUACAUUAAUUAUCCAUUUUAUUUUUAAUAAACAUUUACGACGCGCGCGAUCUAUAUGAAAACGAACAACACUCGUCCGCCCGCGAUAUCUCAGAGCAGCGGCCAAAAAUCCGUCCGCGCCGUUUUCCCCCCCGUUUUUCGAAUCGUUUAUUAUAUUAUUAUCAUAAUAUAAUUCAGUCUGUGCGAGUCGGACGAACGGAGGCAUACGCGACGACGCGCAUCAU